GUUCCGGGGAAGGGCUAAAUUUUCUUGGAUGGUUAGGGGCUCUCGGAUCUAGGAUGGCUGUCUUGUCGCUUCUGUUGUUGGGUGGUUUAUGGAGCGCUGUGGGAGCGUCCGAUAUGGCUGUCGUUACUUGCGGCUCCGUGGUGAAGCUACUCAAUACGCGCCAUAAUGUCCGACUGCACUCUCACGACGUGCGCUAUGGAUCAGGUAGUGGGCAGCAAUCAGUGACAGGUGUAACCUCUGUGGAUGACAGCAAUAGUUAUUGGAGAAUACGGGGGAAGACAGCCACAGUGUGUGAAAGGGGAACCCCCAUCAAAUGUGGCCAGCCCAUCCGACUGACACACAUCAACACUGGUCGAAACCUCCACAGCCACCAUUUCACGUCACCUCUUUCUGGAAACCAGGAAGUGAGUGCCUUUGGCGAGGAAGGUGAAGGUGACUAUCUGGAUGACUGGACAGUGCUCUGUAACGGACCUUACUGGGUGAGAGACGGUGAAGUGAGAUUCAAACAUUCUUCCACCGAAGUUCUCCUGUCUGUCACGGGAGAACAAUAUGGCCGACCCAUAAGUGGGCAAAAGGAGGUACAUGGUAUGGCCCAGCCAAGUCAGAACAACUACUGGAAGGCCAUGGAAGGCAUCUUCAUGAAGCCCAGUGAAUUGUUGAAGGCAGAGGUCCAUCAUGCAGAGCUGUGACUCUAAAUCCUCUGUGCCACUGUCACCACACAGUGUUUGUAGACGUCUGUUGCUGCUUUGCCCUUGGAGCCCCGCUCCAGGCUCCCUGAGAUGAAGGGACACUGUAGGAAGCAGGGGCUGCGUUUGGGCCUGCAGCCUUCACACUUGAAUUGGUUGCUCUCCCCAGUUUGGUCAGUUCUUAAGAGAGGACCUGUUCAUGAGGGCAGAGAUCCUUUCGUUCAUGUUGAUAAGAGGAAGCUGAGGAAUUUCCCUCCUAGCUGGGGAUUUUACUCCUCUGACAUCAUGGAUUGCUGACUUGUCUGAUUUUCCCCUAGUUUUCUUUUUCCAAAAUGAUAAAUAAAAAAAAUAAAAGAAUUGUA